UAGGAUGUUUAGCGUUUAAUACUGAAGCGACCCACGUCCUCUGUUUGUCUUCAGAGUAUAGUUUGUCGGCUUCUUAGCGGGUAAAAACUGAAAUUCAUACGUGAGGAAGGUUGAAGAGGACGAAGUCUCAGUGAUUUAAGGUAAGGUAUGCUCGACUUCCGUCAGUUUCGUGCCCAAAAAAGGUGAUAGAAUAGUCAAUGGCGUCUCUUCCAUUUUGUCUCGUGGCUUUGGUUGCUUCACUCAUCUUUAAAGAUAAUUACUUUGUGGUCUAGCAGUUAUUCCCAUCAAGAAAUCAUAGAUUUUAUUGUCAUAGAAGAAUUUAUAGGCGAGCGAGGAAUCGUUUUAAUGUCAAACAUGAUCCACUUAUGUAAUUAACACUUUCAAUUUGAAAUCGCUAAGGAAAUAUGUACGCAGUUUAUUUGAAACUUUUCGCAAGGCUUAUUCAGCGAGAAGGCACAAUUGUAUUUUGAGGUGCGGUGUGAUCGGAUUGAUAACAAACAAACUGUAAAUGAAAGAGAAAUAACUUGAGGCAACUUUAAGCUGAAGUGUUGCUGUACUCGAAUAUAAUUAAAACGACAGAUGAUAGCGUGGCAAAGUCGCUUUCCAUAUGGAGAUGAUAUAAUUUUUCAAUUAUUUCCCUUUGCGAUUAAGUUACGAACUGCUUUGUAGUAAACGGCCAUAAAGUAGCUGUUAAAUGUAAUGUUAAGUUAAAGCUUCUUCGCCUCGUAUGUACAGGAGGAUGUUCUUCGUUCCUAAAAGGCCUGUGCGUGUUAGAAAUGUAAGACUUAUCAGUCUGGAUGUAAAUAAUGGGAAUUUUUGUGUCUGAUUUUUCAAUUAUUUCCCUUUGCGAUUAAGUUACGAACUGCUUUGUAGUAAACGGCCAGAAAGUAGCUGUUAAAUGUAAUGUUAAGUUAAAGCUUCUUCGCCUCGUAUGUACAGGAGGGUGUUCUUCGUUCCUAAAAGGCCUGUGCGUGUUAGAAAUGUAAGACUUAUCAGUCUGGAUGUAAACAAUGAGAAUUUUUGUGUCUGAUUUGAGGAAUUUUUGGACAUGAUUUACUUCACAAAUUCAAAUUUCUUCCGAGAAGCAUUUUAUGUUGGGUGUGUUUCAGCAAAGAGAAGGCAACCUAAAAUAUAUUUGCAUGUCUGAUGAACUUACCUUUUGAAUAAAAACGGACUUUUAAGAUAUUGACAGUUUCUUUGGCUGUUAGUCAUUGUUUUCAAACCACUUUUGCAAAUUGAACAUUUUAAUCUCUUCUUCUCUCUAAAUCUGAAAAGGUAAUAAACUCGUAUUUUUUCAGUUGUGUUAUUUUUCUGAGAGAAUCUGGAGCAUUGUAAAGUAGAAAAUUAAAAAAAAAAAACAUUGGCCGAAGCAAUUUUACAACUUCCAAGGAUGUAAAAAAGUGUGACCAAGGCAGCAUUUGAGCUCACUUUAAAAAAAUAAUAGUGAAUUGUUCUCACUUUGGUCAGGUAAUGGCUGGUAACAUGGGUACAAUUGUGCAAAAUUGUUAAUCCCCUUUAAAGGCCUUACCGUUGGAGUUGACCACUUGAAAUCAUGAUAACAUUAAUUUAUUAAUCCUUUCACAAGACCUCACAAGUAAUCCUCAUUACUGUCUCCUAUUCAGUUCUUAUGAUGUUGGUUUGGAUCAACAAAUAACCCUCUAAUUGAUAUUUAUCUCUAUUCUUAUCAUUUGUUAGCUUGAUAUUGUAUUGAUAUUGUAAGGAGAAAUUCUGUCUUGAUCACUCAUGGGAGCUUAAGGGUUAAAUGAUGAAACUUAUUUAUUGGCUACAUAAUGGAAAUCAAAUGUAGAUCUUUCAUGAGCACUAUUAGAAGUGUGAAUAUAGGUUCAAUGUUUUUUAUGCUUUUACUGGCUGUAUUACAAAGCUGCUGUUGAAUGCUGUCUGAGCAAAAUUAAUGUGAAAUUAUGUAUGUAUUGGGACUGAUCAUGUAUGAACUGCAGCAAAGAAAUUGAGAGAUGAAAAUGCACUUGAGAACAUAAUACAAUGAUCAAAGAAGCCAGCUCUCAGCACGAGUCAUAGGUUUGUAGGUCUAUUUUAUAGGGGAUCACACCGAUAAUUGCAAGGAUGUGAAGGGAACCUCUUAAUACUUCUUCAUAAUGAUGUAUUGUAUAGAGUUUAUAUAGGCUUUUGAAACUGAGAGCAUCCAGAAUAGUGAGGCUUUUCCCUUCUUUGGUGAAGUUGUACUGUCUAAAAUGCAACAGGAAUUAAACUUUUUUGAGGUGGUUAAGUGUGUUUUAGAUGUGGGUUUAAACUAGUCCUUGACUAGUUUAAACAUUUAUGAAAAUUUACCAUGCGGUGGCAUGUACUUUUUUUUCCAAAUUUAGAAAAAUUGCAUAGGGUAAAAGGUAAGGUAAGGUAUUCUUGACUCUUGACUUUGUCUCUGAGAUUAUUCCCUUCACCUUCAGUGUGUAAUUGUUAAAUAAUUAUAUGCUCUCUGUUUUAGGAUCAUGUUUCCAUGGAGUCAUUACUAACUCCCUUGAAACCAGGAGAAGUACUACUGACUUCACCUUAUUCUGAAGCUUUGAAUGAUUUGAUCAACUAUGACUCAGAACUUACCAAUACUCCCACUUUGCCAUCUUCAAGCCCCAGUCAAGGGACCACUCAUUUGGAUAUUAGCCACAAGUUACCAACUAAGCUCUCUAAAAACCCAAGUACUUAUGAAAAAGAACUUCGCACACUGGUUUUGAAUCUGUAUUCAGAUAAGAAGAGAACCACUGAGGUACCCAUGCCAUCAGUCGAGAUGCCAACUUCAGCACAGGACUCUGUGGUGCAGGGACCACAUACUAAAGGGGCUCCAUGUAGGGUACCUCAGAAAGUGAAUGUCCCUCAGCCCCUUGAUAUGAUACAUUUGACAAUGCCUCAACAAGACUCUUUAGAAUCUAGGUCACUUGGAUAUUGUUCUCCAGAUACUGGUGUGAGUGAAUUCCAAGAGAAUGGCACACAGAAUCUUCAAGAGCUCCAGGGUUAUUUGGUCAACUUUCAGAGAAGCAAGAAAGGUACAGUUGAUUAGGUUCAAAUCAAGUUUUGUUGAAGUUCUUGAUAAUGAAGGUCUUCAGCCAAUGUUAAUGGAAUGCUGUAGUUACUUGGUCCAAAAGUGUGUUUGAGAGUAGUAGAAUCAUUUAACUUGAACUCUGAUGCUGACUUCAACUUUUGUUGUCACAACAUCUGUUAGUGUCACCUAGAAUAGUUCUUUUCAGGACUUCCCUCAUCUGAACCAUCAAACUACACAAGUGACUAUUACUUGGGAUCUUGAAUCAUUAACUAUGCUAAGAGCUAGAUGAGACAAGACUUUCUUUCAUACUAAAAUUACCAAUGCUGUCUACUUGAAUGUAACUUACUUGAUUUGGCAUUUGCUUGUGAACUGGACACAGUAUCUGUCUUUGUCAGUACCCGUGUUUCGUUGUGUCUUUCAACAGAUGUAUUUCAAAUCAAAUGGUACUUAAACACAAGUUAUGAUUUACAUAGUACCUGACACUCUCAAACAGAACAGAGAAAAAGAUAUCAGGUUAUUUUUUAUUUUAUGUUCACUUACAAAUAUUGCUGGACUUUUAUUGAUCUUCAGCAAAAAAUAAAAACAGUUGUAGUUAUUAACAUUGUUCGAAAUUUGAGAAGCCGUUCACCUUCAAUUUAAAUUGCUACAAACCUUGUAGCCCUAAAAUUUCCAUAACUGAGCACAAAUUUUCUUGCACCACAGAAUUUUCAUUCCGCCAUAACCUCUCCUCAGAUGAAAUGAAUUCACCAUGUGACGAUUCUGGGGUACAUCUCGAAUUUGCUGCGCCCUCCGAGACUGAUGUCUCCGAAAUAGAUGGUGUUACUGAUGGCAGAAACGGAUUAGCUGUGGAUAGUGGCAAGUUUUCGGACAUCAUGAUAGAGAGGCGAGAUCUAUCUUCAUCUGUUAAGGAGAAAGGUGUUGAAUGCAAAGGAAGUGCUUUUCUUGUUCCAGGUAUCGAAUUGAACUCCUCUGGGAAGCCUUGGCGUGAAUCUGUCACAAUGGGUCUGAAGUCUGAAGAGAUCAUUUUCAGUGGCGUUGACUUACCGAGAGGUGGCUCAGACCACGACGAGAGUGCGUACCUUGAAAUUACUGGUGAUGAGGUAAAAGAGAAGUCAUUGGUUGGAAAAGAUUAUGACGAAUUUGCUCUUCAACGUGCUGGUUUGGAAGGAAAGCUGCAGUCUUUACAAGAUGAAUUGGCUCAUGUUCUAGAGGACAGGAAGUCACUGCAGGUUAGAUUGCAAGCGAUAGAAACACAACUGCGGGAGGAGGUGCUCAAAGCGCGGGAUACUAACCCAGCUGCUGUGUCCCUAGUUGAGGAGCUGAAACGAAAUAAGUACGAGUUGGAAAAUCAGCUUGUCAAACUGCAGAACGCGUAUGAAGAAAAACAUGGCGGUCUAAAUGAGGCGCUGGAGCAGUUGAAGAGAUCCUGUGUUACCAUUCAAAAUCUUAAGCAGAAGCUGUCUUUAGUAGAGGGCGAAAUCAGUCAGCGGGAAGAAAUGGUGGGUUCAUUACAAAUUGAAAUGGAAAACCUAAAAAAACUGCUCGAAAAAGCAAAAGAGAGGAAUGAUAAAUUCAAGAAAGAGAAUAUGGAUUUGAAUGUACAGAUAGCAAGACUUAUGGAUGCCAAGGAAUGGCUUCAAAAACAGUUGGGUUUCGCUCAAGAAGCCCGCACAAAGUUACAGCUUGAAGUCAGUGAAUCUGAAACGACAGUUGCUGUUAAAAACCAACUUAUAGAGCAGCUGAGAUGUGAAGGCGCGAAAUCAAGUCGGGAACUCACUGAACUGCAACAGAGUUCACUCCUGGAGAAAGCGCAGAUUCUGAAGCACAUGGAGAAAGUAGAAGAGGACAUUACUCGACAAAACUUCGCCAUAAGGGAAGCAGAAAUUGAAAAACAGAAAAUGCAUAACGUUUUGGGAGCAAAAGUUGAUUCGCUUGUGAAUGAAAACAAGAAACUCCACGAGUUGAUGAGCUCCGCUGUAGAGAUCGAGAAGGAACUUGAUGCAGCGAAACAAGAUUUAAUUUCAAAACAAGCUUUACUUGAAACUAUAAUAAAAGAAAAAGAGGAAGUCAGGGAACAACUGAAGCUUGCACGUGAUUCCACCGAGGAGUACAAGCGAAAUCUUUACGAGUUGGAGUCAAAGUUCACUGAAACUAAACAAGAACUAAAACUCGCUCAAGACAAUAUUGGGGAAAAAGAAAGCCUCAUUGAAAAGCUGCAGGAAGAAAUAAAAAUUUUAAAAGAAAAUCUAGAAGUUGCCAAUAAAGAACGAGAAGCUUGUGACAAUGCUAUUCACACACUGAAGUUGGAUCUCGAGAAGGUUGAUCGCCGCUUCAAACUGAUGAAAAGAGAACUCACGUCCAAAACCAGUCAGCUGGAAGAAACAACACGACAGAAAGAUGUGUUCAUGGGUGACCUGUGCACACUGAGGGAGGGUUUGGAAAAUCAGGUUACUGUGGCUUGUACGUUGAAAGAAGAGUUGGCGCAGAAAGACAAGCUCGUUCAGCAAUUUCAAGAAGUAAAAGACGCCUUGGAAAAAGAGAUCGUUAGUUUGACCCAGAAGUUAGAAUAUUCGCAAGAAGAGAUUGCUCAAGUGGACAAGGAGAGGACGGAGAUCCAGAAACAACUUGAGAAGGCAAUGAGGUAAAUAGUGGUAUUCCAGAAUGGAAUAUUUAAGACUGAAAAUAACUUCCCCGCUGACGCCAGUCAAGUUGUCUGGUCAAAACCUAUUUUUGCUUGGUCACAACCCAGUUUUGGCCGGAGAAAUAGUGUAAGUCUGAUUUUAGGUACAAGUGCCUCAUUUUAAAGACUAGAGUCCAAUUUUAGAUACUAGUGUCCGAUUUCAAACACACGUGUCUCAUUUUAGACACUAGUGUUUAUUGUUAGACAUUAGAUUCCGAUUAUAGACUUUAGUGCCCACUUUUAGACACUAGAGUCCGAUUUUAGACGCUAGUGUUAGAUUUCGAUGUACGUUGCGGCGUAAAAUGCUUGGGAUGGUCGUGGACCUACCGAACUGAAUUUAUGGCACUUUUCUUAAAACUUAAAAGAUUAUCCGCCAAUCUUCAUGAUAAGAAGUCUUUGUAUCUGCGUAGAGGAUGUUAACGAUACAGGGAGCACUGUUGUGAACCGUACAUGGAUUUCCCCUCGCCGUCAGGGAAUCACCCAAGAGAAAAUUUGAAAACCAUACGGGCAAUUUUGAAUACCCAUUUUUGUGGAUACACAUGCGGUCUUGUUGUCUUUUGUUGUUCAUAUUCCCUUUAUUCCUUUAUCUUUAAACAGGGACAGUGUGCUAUUGGAAGAAAAGUUCCACAAUUCCCUGCUGGAACGAGCCAGAUUAGAAGGCGAACUGGAAACGACACGUCAGUCAGACCAGCUUGAGAGAGAUGCCCUGAAAAGUCAGAAUGCGUCGCUCAGAGACGAAAUCAAAACACAGAAAACACAGCUCCAGGCAGAAGUUACGAGAGAGCAUGAUAAAGUAAUAAAUCUUGAACAAGAGCUUAAAUACCUGACUGAUGAGAUUAUUAAAAAAGAAGGUAAACAUAACAAAGACUUACAGGCCUUUGCAGAAAAAUUACAAGAAAUGAAAAACAACAAGGAAAUGGCUGAACAAGAACUGAAAAAGCUUUAUGAUAAAACCGAAGAAAGUGUAGAUAAGCUGAAAAAAAGUUACGACGCAAAAUUGGAAAAAGUCAAAAGCAAUCUUGUGACUCUCCAACAGGAAAAAACUAAAAUGGCUCAAGAAUUUGAAUUAUCUCAGAAGAAAGUUACGUGUGAGCUUGGGAUCAAAGACAUAGAUCUGAGACAGAUGGGAAAAGAACUUUCAGUUUUGAAGAAGACGCUUAAAGAAAAGAACACAGAGUUAGAGAGAACGCAAUUUUGCGCGAUAGAACUUGAACGAGAAAAGGGUCGCCUGGCUGGAGUUUUAGCAAGUCAGAAGACCUUGCGAGAACACGUCGUUAAAAUUGAAGGUGAAAUAGCAGCUCGGGAAUCAGCCUUGCUUGAAGCGGCUAACGAGCUAGACAGAGUGAAAAUGGACAGAGAUUUACAAAUAAGGAUGGCAAAUGACAAGAUACAAAACCUGGAGGUUCAGUUGAAGACCAUGAGAGAAGAAAAGAACAACCUGCAAGACACUUUCAGAAAAGAAAGGCAGGAAAAUAUUGCUUUGAAAAGUGAGGUCGAGGAAAGUUCAAAUGGCUUUGCAGAGUUGAUGAAGAAGCUGAGCGUGGCUGAAGCGGAAAUUAAACGGCUGCAAGAGAAGCUUGACAAUGAAAGCAGUGAGGCGAAGAGAUAUCGAUCUGAACUGGAGGGGUUAAAGGAAAGCUUUGCAGAAGAACAAACUGAACGUGAAAGUUUGCAAAAGAGAUUGGAAGCUUUGUUGGAACAAGAGAAGGCUAAGGAUAGGAUAGCAGAGAGCUUAGAAUGGGAAGUCACUCGGCGAACUAGAGAGGUGGAAUACCUUAAGGAGCAGGUACGAGUCAUGGAGGAAAGGCAACAGUUGGAGAUGGAGAACUUGAAAACUGCCCUGCAAGUAUCUAGAAGCGAAACAACAUCGCUGCGUUCUGAGUUAUCAGAGUUGAGGAAAGUCAAAUGUACCUACCAAACGAAAACAUUUGAAUUGAAAGAUUCUCUUCUCUCCGUGAGACGAGUCACAGAGUCGCUAAAACAGCAGUUAUUCAUGAAGCGCCAGGAGUUGGAAUCCUUGGUAAAUGAUGUUUUGGCCUCUAGGAACCUUCCACAGCUGCAAGAGGAUAUUACAAAGAAAAGGGAAACCAUGUUUGGUAAUGAGAAAACGCAAGAGGAGUUAGAUGUAGCUAGUUAUACAUCUGCUGCCGUUAACAUUAGGUAAACAAUUGAUUUGCUCUAAAAUGAAUCCACGAUUUGUUCAGUGUUUGUUUCGAUUUGGUUUUGUUUUUCCUUCAGCUUUGCUUGUUUAUAGCUAGAUCUAUUUUCUUUUUACGAAGAAGAGUUGUUCGACCGAAAAAGUAAAGGGAAUUUCAAUGAAAACUUCGUUGAGACUCGUCAUCUUGUUUUUCAGGCCGAUUUCAAGUCUCCAAGAAUGCAUGUCUUCACUGAGGUAGGUAAACAGAGCUUCAUACCUAGACAUUUCAAUCGUGAUUACAUGAGGAAAUUGGCUCAGCUUGACAAAAGUAUUCGUGAUGAAUUAUCUAAGAAACACGGCGAAACCAACAAGUGAACGAGCCCGAAACAGGCUAUAAGAGUUGUUUAAGAAACACUUCAUAUUAUGGGAUAACUGACCUAUUUUCUGACUUACAUCUAUAUUUUCCAACGCUUUGCAUUUCGCAGGUCACAAAUCAGCAACCUACAGAAACAAAUGAACGAUCACGCAGACUCUGUGCAAACGGCCACCACGACUUGGAGGUAAACUUUGCUAGGGUUUUGCUUGUUCUUAGCGAAGUGCAACAAAUUGCCUCCUCUUAAGGGGAGGUCUUUCUUUGUCUCAUUCCAUUUAUUUUCCCUUGCUGUUUUUAUGGGUAUAGACAAGCUUCCUUUACUUAAGUUAUGAGCAAUUUUCUUUGAGUGUCAAAAAUAAUCCAUGAUUGUCUUUUACCUUUGACGGAAGUCUCAGUUAUCUAAUAUCCUAUUUAAGAUGUUCGUUUCAAUUUUCUUAAUACUUAUCAAAAGGGCCUUUGAUGUUUAUUUUACUUUUACUUAAACCACAAACGGGAUUGAGAAUGAAUACGAGCUUCAUACGUCCACAUAACUGACAAUCUAGAACGACACAAGUAUUUCAAUGUUGUGUGGAAUAAUGCACAAAUCAUUUUUGCGUAGACUACAACGUUUUACUCUGGUUAAUUUUGCAUCAAAACUUAAAAAGCCUCUCUAUUGUGUUCAGGAAGUGCAAACACAGGUCGGAUUCGUUUCACCGCUCGAUCGAAGUUUUAAUAAAAAUUGUCGGUUGAAUUAACUCACUGACUGACUGACAUAAACAAGAUGGCGAACAGCAGUCGCUUACAUGAAAUGUUACAUUGUAUCAUGCAAGUGGCGAGUCCGAAAGAUAAGAAGGUCAUUUUAAAAAAGUAUUGACGUAAAAUCAAAUAAAUUAGAAAAUUGAACAUGAUAACAGCGACAAAAACAGCAAAGAAGUGAUUGAAAGAAGAAACACGAUCGCCUCCCAUAUGGCUUCCUGUGAUAAGCAGAACUGUAGCACCAGUCUGAGUUAAUUGUGACCAACAUAAUGAAGUUAGGUCUUUGAGAAAAAUGUCUGCAUUUUUACAGUAAGAGAAGGAGUUAACUCACCGUUCAAGGACUUGUUUUGAUACAAUAUUUUUAAGAUGGCUCGUAACGCCCUUUCACUGACAAACCCGUGCAACAAUGUUAUCGACGUCGUCAACGACAGCUUCUAAUUUCCCGCUAAAAUAUUUGGCUGCUUUACACAUGCGCAUUGCUCAUACGCACAACACGAACUUAUCCUCGAGCCCAGAGCCUCCGUUUCUUUUGGAGGAUAUCGCAGAAUAUUUAAGAUCUAAGUUUGGUGUGUUCUCCGCAAAUAUUAAGCAACGGUCAGCAGUUUGUGGUUAGAAGUUAGAGGUUUCGAGAAUUUUAGCUUAUUAGAUCAACGUCGGCUUUCGCCUGAAAAAUAAAUCGACAUGUUCGCCGCCGUCUUGAAUUAUACAAAGGAUGAAGGUCCUUCUUUUCAAACACAAAAUGUGGUUAAGAGAUUGGUUUUCUAGUGUCCCAAACGGAUUGGCUACUAUGAAAAGACUUCAAACUCCCUUUCAAACUCUAACUGUUCAUCUUCAAUUUUUUUUCCAGGUCGUUCAAGGAAAAUGUGCAUCAACUGCAAGCAAGUUGCAAUACACAAAGCAGCCAACAGCUGACAGCCGAGAAGGACACUUAAGCACUCUUUCGACAAAUUUUUAACUCCUAUUAAUCGGUAGUGAAUUAGAUAACAGAAAAAAAUAAUAAUAAUCUAAAGAGCGCCCUCCAAGGCACCCUUUAAAUAACGUUUGCAAUGGAUUUACAAUUGUUUAAACAAGACUGAAAAAGUGUUUGAGAUACAUUUACGUACAGUAUUCCUUGAUGAAAGCUGACGGUUACUUCCUGGGCUUUUUAAGAUAUUAUCUUACUAUUUGUUGAUGAAAUUCCACCAAACAGACCUGAGUGUAAAGAAAGCACUAAAGCAAGUUGAACGGUUAGGAGGUGUUUUGAGAGAAAAACAACUCCAUUUGCUAUCAGAUAAACAAUGAAAAGGCAUUAUUUUAUUUCAUUGUGUAAUAUUAAUUUUCAUAUUUGAUCUUUGUAAAAAUAGAUAUCAUGGAAUUAUUAUUUUUUGUCUCAUUAGUCAACAAUUAAAUAGCAGAUAAACUUUAAUAAAUAAAAAUGAAUUUCAAUACAUUAUGUCAGUAUUUCAAUUAUUGAUGGCUUUCAGGUUAAAGUGCAAAGUUUAAAGUGCUGGGACGAGCUUAGUUGUAAGUAGUUUAGAUCAUUAAAAAAAUGUUUGCGUCACGCGUGGGUACCAGGCUACUUUAAAGUCUAACGAUCACCAGAACAACUUUGUUUCCAGGGUCACUCUUCUCACGGCCCCCUUCUUUCCGCUCCAAGUCUAGGGUGCGGAAAGAAGAGAGAUCUUGGGAUAGAGGUUGUUGAUUAAUUUUUGUUUCAGAAGAAAAACAAACAUGUUCUAUAUUGUGGGGAAACUUUAUGAUGAAAAA